CGCGCCCGGCAAGGCUGCCUCAGUUUCUAUAUCUCCUUGUUUUCCAUCUGUGAUUUUGGUCUUUUUUGCCACCUUCAUCUCUGUCUCUAACUUCCAGUGUCUCUCACCUCUGGGUUAGUACUAAUAGCUCCCUUUCCAUCGUGGUCUCUUUCUUCCUCCCUGUCUCUCCCCUUUCUUGUUGAAUUUCUUUCUCACUCAUCAAAGCUCGUCUUUUUCACUAUGUCCCUGUGCACUUCUCUGUGGGUCCUUCCUCUUCCCCGACCCAGCCUACCCCGUUGGAAGUUUUCAACCAAAUCAAAGGCAGGUAGGACAGCCAACGCCAGCGCGCCAGCGCUGACUCUUUGGCAUGUGCGUGCGGGAAGGGUUGGGGAGCCCCGGGAAGUCUACCCCAGGCGGGCAGGUAUGGCAGAGGGAGGAAGCAGCUGGGAGGUUCUGGAUGCUGGAGCAAAGAGGGGUGUUUCUCAUGGAUGUCCUGAGGUGCUGGCUGUAGUGCAGGGGUCUCUGUCUCUGUCUGGAUCUCUGACACCCCCAGGUCUCUGUCCCUCUUUCUGGGUCUCUGUCUCCCCCACCCUCUGCGUCUCUGAAAUCCUGAACUUCUCCGUCCCCUACUGCCUGCCUCUCUUUGACUCUCCAUCCCCCUCCCCGUGUUUCUCUGUGCCCCUCUUGGGGUCCCUGUCCCUCUGUCUCUAGGUCUGUUUCUUCACUCCAUCCAGCCACGUGCCUGCAGGCCCUUCAUUGGCUGGAUUCAGAGUGGCGGGUACUGACACCCGGAGCAACAGCAACAAGCCAGCUCUUGCUUGGCUACAGGGAGGGGGAGGAACCAUGGCCAGUGGUACCCUGGCUCUGCGCUGUGGCCCCCUGUGGUCUUCCAUCUCUGCAACCGAGGUACCUGGAUCCUGGCCCAGCUGGCAUCUCACCAGCAGCUGCCUUGCCCGCCGCAUUAUCCCACCACUGCCCUUCACCCCGCCCACGGUGCAGUCCAGGGUCGCGGACCCUCUACCCCCGGCUGCAAAGCAGGAUUCUCGCAUCUGGGCUUUCGACGAGGUCCUCAGCAGAUGGGAGACAACCUCUGGCUGGGCCUACGUGCCCAAGACCCAUGGAGGGCCCUGCGCCCAGCCCAGAGCCCCAGAGCCUGCAGACCCCACGCGGACUGUGGGGAUCAAGGAUUUAGGAGAAAAGCGCAGCGAGACGAGGGCGCAGUACACUGGCUCUCCCGAUCGGGACGCGCGAGUCUCCGAAUACGUCGGGGCCCAGCCCCCACAACGCCCAGACCACCUCCGCGGGGGGCCUUCCCAGGGCUCCGAAGCUGCUGCGGGGCUAGACGACGGGCUGUGGGUGGGGACGAGAUUAGAAUAUUCUGAGACGGCGUCAGUAUCCGACCGGGGCGUCCUGGACCGCCGCCAGCUCUAUCUGACCACCUCGGCCCGGCCCGGAACUUUCGGUUCUAUCCCAACCUCGAAUCCUGUAGCAGCAAGAACCAAAAUUCAGGCCCCAGCCCCUCCCUCUUUUAGUACCCAGGAGGCCUUAGUGUCAAUUCUCAGAUACUCCUUCCCAAGGAAGCGAAAGCCCGCGUUUCCUUCCGAAGGAUGCGAAAGCGUAGUUUCCAGGACCUUAAGUACCUCGAGGACCCAGGAACACGGGCUACGCACGCCGGGUCCCGUCCUUCCUAAGGGGCCCUCGCCUGGAAAUGCAGGAGUUUGGGUGUGCAGACUCCUUAAAUCCCGAGGUCUGAACCUCGUCCCCAAGGAUCCAGCUGUAUCCUCACCAUCCUGCCCUGCUCCCACAGGAGCUGUCCGGAUACCCCCUCAAGGACUCCCUGACCUACUGGAGCUUCGAAGGGACUCCCUAACUCUGGGGUCACGACCCGCAGCGGCCGCCCUGUUCGCGCUCCUCCCGGCCGCCCCGAGCGCCGCACGGCGGGUCCUGACUCUGGUUCAGGCAUCCUACAGCCCCUCGCUGCACCCGCUCCGCCCGCUGCACCCGCUCCGCCCGCUGGACCGCUUCCGCUAGCUGGAGGCGCCCUGGGGUGGCCCCCACUGGAAGCCCUUGCCGGGCAUCCACAGCGUGCCGAAAGCCUACAACACCGAGAACUCCCGCUCCGGCAGCUUGAAGUCGGCGCUAGUGGGAGCUGGCCGGGCCCGCCCCACCCCAGACACGUCCUCUGGCCUCGCGGAGGAGCCAAGCUCCGGACCUCCGCCCACUACGCGGUGUCCGGACUUAGUUGGGCUACCACUCAUUACGUCUACCGGCAAUGUCCUGGCCGGACUACCCCAGACACGCACACUCAGCUGCGGCAUCCCGGAGAAGGGACUAGGUCCAGAUAUUCUCCUCCAAGACUGUGGCCCCGCGGGCAGGACGCGCCCCCUGCGGGCGUAUUAAAUAAUGAGUUAAGU